CUGCGCAAGACGGGGUGUGGAACCUAACCACGGGGUGUCCAUGACCCCCGAGGCUGCAGCCCAUCAGCAAUGAAAGGGUUAUCGGGCAGCCGCAGCCACCACCACGGGGUCACCUGCGACGCGGCCUGCGACUCGCUGUCGCACCACUCGGACCGCAAGCCCUACCUGCUGAGCCCGCUGGAGCACCACCCGGCCGACCACCCUUACUACACUCAGCGGAACUCCUUCCAGGCCGAGUGCGUGGGCCCGUUCAGCGACCCGCUGGCCAGCAGCACCUUCCCGCGCAGGCACUACACCUCGCAGCAGGAGCUGAAGGACGAGUGCGCCCUGGUGCCCCGCACGCUGGCCGCCAAGGCCAACCGCAUCCCCGCCAACCUCCUGGACCAGUUUGAGCGGCAGCUGCCGCUCAGCCGGGAUGGCUACCACACGCUGCAGUACAAGCGCACGGCCGUGGAGCACCGCAGCGACAGCCCCGGCCGCAUCCGCCACCUGGUCCACUCGGUCCAGAAGCUCUUCACCAAGUCGCACUCCCUGGAGGGGCCGUCCAAGGGCAGCGUCAACGGGGGCAAAGCCAGCCCCGACGAGACGCAGACGGGGAGGUACGGCAAGCGCAGCAAGAGCAAGGAGCGGCGCGCCGACCCCAAGGCCCGCGCCAACGCCUCCCCGGGCUGGUGGAGCUCCGACGACAACCUGGACGGCGACGUGUGCAUCUACCACGCGCCCUCGGGAGUGAUGACCAUGGGCAGGUGCCCCGACCGCUCGGCCUCGCAGUACUUCAUGGAGGCCUACAACACCAUCAGCGAGCAGGCGGUCAAGGCCUCCCGGAGUAACAACGACGUCAAGUGCUCCACCUGUGCCAACCUGCCCGUCAACCUGGACGCGCCGCUCCUGAAGAAGAGCGCCUGGUCCUCCACCCUGACCGUGAGCCGCGCCAGGGAGGUGUACCAGAAAGCGUCGGUUAACAUGGACCAGGCCAUGGUGAAGUCAGAGUCCUGUCAGCAAGAGCGCUCCUGCCAGUACCUUCAGGUUCCACAGGAUGAAUGGACAGGGUACACCCCUAGAGGUAAAGACGACGAAAUUCCGUGCCGAAGAAUGCGGAGCGGCAGCUACAUCAAGGCCAUGGGAGAUGAAGACAGUGGUGACUCUGACACAAGUCCCAAGCCUUCUCCCAAAGUUGCUGCGCGAAGAGAAAGCUAUCUCAAGGCUACUCAGCCAUCCCUUACAGAACUCACCACACUCAAGAUUUCCAAUGAACACUCCCCCAAACUCCAGAUCCGGAGUCACAGUUACCUGAGGGCAGUAAGUGAAGUCUCCAUCAAUCGAAGCCUGGACAGCCUUGACCCUGCCGGCCUGCUCACAUCACCAAAGUUCCGCUCUAGGAACGAGAGCUACAUGCGAGCCAUGAGCACCAUCAGCCAGGUGAGCGAGAUGGAAGUGAACGGGCAGUUCGAGUCCGUGUGUGAAUCCGUGUUCAGCGAGCUGGAGUCGCAGGCGGUGGAAGCCCUGGACCUGCCCAUGCCCGGGUGCUUCCGCAUGCGGAGCCACAGCUACGUGCGGGCCAUUGAGAAGGGCUGCUCCCAGGACGACGAGUGCGUGUCCCUGCGGUCCUCCUCCCCACCGCGCACCACCACCACCGUGAGGACCAUUCAGAGCAGCACCGGUGUCAUAAAACUGAGUUCUGCAGUUGAAGUGUCAUCUUGCAUUACAACAUAUAAGAAGACACCACCUCCAGUCCCACCCAGAACUACCACGAAACCUUUCAUUUCUAUCACAGCCCAGAGUAGCACAGAGUCUGCCCAGGAUGCCUACAUGGAUGGACAGGGCCAGCGAGGAGAUAUUAUCAGCCAGUCUGGACUGAGCAACUCCACGGAGAGCCUGGACAGUAUGAAGGCUCUGACAGCCGCCAUCGAAGCUGCAAAUGCCCAGAUCCACGGCCCUGCAAGUCAACACAUGAGCAACAACCCUGCCACUGUCACUACCACGACCACCAUAGCCACUGUCACCACAGAGGACAGGAAGAAGGAUCACUUUAAGAAAAAUCGAUGCCUUUCCAUUGGGAUACAGGUGGAUGAUGCUGAAGAGCCUGAGAAAACAGGGGAGAAUAAAGCACCCAGUAAGUUCCAGUCCGUAGGAGUGCAAGUAGAAGAAGAGAAGUGCUUCCGCAGGUUCACUCGAUCCAACAGCGUGACCACAGCCGUACAGGCCGACCUGGACUUCCACGAUAAUCUGGAAAACUCUCUGGAGUCUAUAGAGGACAAUUCGUGCCCCGGCCCAAUGGCCAGACAGUUCUCCCGAGACGCGAGCACCUCCACCGUCAGCAUCCAGGGCUCAGGAAACCACUACCACGCCUGCGCAGCCGACGACGACUUCGAUGCGGAUUUUGACCCUUCGAUUCUGCCUCCCCCGGAUCCCUGGAUUGACUCGAUCACCGAAGACCCCCUGGAGGCCGUCCAAAGGUCGGUGUGCCACCGGGACGGCCACUGGUUUCUGAAGCUCCUCCAAGCAGAGCGGGACCGCAUGGAAGGGUGCCAGCAGAUGGAGCGAGAAGAGCGGGAAAACAACCUGCCGGAAGACAUUCUAGGGAAAAUCCGAACUGCAGUGGGCAGUGCCCAACUUCUCAUGGCCCAGAAAUUCUACCAGUUCAGAGAACUGUGUGAAGAAAACCUGAAUCCCAAUGCUCAUCCAAGGCCCACUUCCCAGGAUCUGGCGGGGUUCUGGGACAUGCUGCAGUUGUCCAUAGAAAAUAUUAGUAUGAAAUUUGAUGAACUUCAUCAGUUAAAGGCCAAUAAUUGGAAACAGAUGGAUCCUCUUGACAAGAAGGAGAGAAGGGCCCCUCCUCCAGUGCCAAAGAAGCCGGCGAAGGGCCCCGCGCCGCUGAUCCGGGAGCGCUCGCUGGAGAGCUCGCAGCGCCAGGAGGCCCGCAAGCGCCUGAUGGCCGCCAAGCGCGCCGCGUCCGUCCGCCAGAACUCGGCCACCGAGAGCGCCGAGAGCAUCGAGAUCUACAUCCCCGAGGCGCAGACCCGGCUCUGAGCGCCCCGCGCGCCCCGCCUCCGCGCUCCGUCCUCCCUCCGCCCCCUCCCCGCCCUCCGAGCCCGUCCGUCCCGGAGCUCAGUGACUUCCACUGUCGCGGUGUAGUUGUCGGUCUUGCAGGAGCCGCCCCCCUCCCCCCAGUAGCCCCAGCCGCCCGGACCGGUUUGCCCACGUUCUCCACCGAGCUUCGCCACCCGUACGGACGCGUCACCCACCUGCCUCAUCCGGAGAGCCGGC